AGUUUUCAGUAGAAAACUUCGCGUCAGUUGGAAAAUGCGCCGAAAAACUUUUUUAAGAAACUUUAAUUUCAUCAAGGUACUUAUAAAAUGUAAGUGAAAACAUGAAAUUAAUACGGAAGGAUGUGUGAAAAAGUAAAAAUAAUCCUGUAUGAAUUUAGUGGGUGGUGAUUAUUCGAGGGUAUAUUAGUGAAAAUUUAUUGAAAUGUAUAGUGAAGGACAUCGUUUAUUGAUGUCUUCAUCAAGAUAAACUGGUUGACUCGAGUAGACCAGUAAUUGAGUGUCUGGAGCUUCUUAAGGAUGCUCUUGUCCUGGCACCUAAUAUCUCCGAGCUUGAUUAUAUUGUGGUUAUGUUCAAUCGAAUCCUUGUGCCCUGAAUAUUGUCUCUGCAAACAAUCCGAGAAAGGCCAAAGAAAAGUUUCCUGCAUACGCGGUGGAAUGCGAGAUCCCAUCCCAAUAACGGACAUCGAUCCAGGCAUGGAGGUUCUGGAAAUAUCAGCUCCAAACGAUAAUUUCAACGUACUAUCCAUCGGUCCAAUUUUUCAACAAUUCAAACGGUUGGAGGAAAUUAUAAUAAGGAGAUCGAAUAUUCAACAAAUAGGACUACAUCCUUUUUGGGGUGUGCCGACUAUUCGAAUUUUAGAUUUAAGCUAUAAUAAUAUAAGUUCUGUGUUCGAUCAUAAUUUUCGGGGUCUAGUGAAUUUGGUGGAAUUGCAUUUAGAUAAUAAUCGAAUUGAACGAUUGCCGGUCGGUGCGUUUAAACAUCUGACGGAAUUGAGGAUGUUGACGUUACGGAAUAAUUUAAUUAGUGAUCUAGAACCAAGGAUAUUUUUAAAAUUGGUGAAACUGCACGUACUAAAACUUAGUGGGAAUAAAUUCGAGGAGGAACUGAAUCCAGAAGUGUUCAAAGAUGUUCCGGAUCUUCGGGUUUUAGAACUGAGAGGCUGCGGCCUGAAAAGAAUCAACGCACAACUCUACCAUUUGCUGCCUUAUCUUUCUCAUUUGGAUCUGGGAUACAACCAGAUACAAUUCCUCUCCGAAGACGAGUUCCACGAACUUCAUCGUCUGCAUAUCCUGAAAUUAGACGGGAAUUUAUUACCCGUCAUUUUAGAGAAGACUUUCAUCAACCAACAACAACUGAGAUAUCUGUGUUUAGCUAAAAAUCGUUUAGCUAAAAUAACGGAUACCGCCUUUUUGAAUUUGACUAAUUUAAUUGAAUUAGACAUUAGUUACAACAAAAUGAGCAAAUUGGAAACGUUCGCUUUGACUCACGUCGCUGAUACUUUGCAAAGGCUUGUGAUUAGCGGAAAUAAAUUUACAUUAGCUUUAAUUAAAUUAAUUUUACAGACGUUGUACAAGGUGUGGCAUCUCGAGAUGGCGCACAUGAAACUAUCGGAAAUACCUGAUCGAUUUCUACCAGAUAGAAUAAGAAAAUUGAAUAUAUCAUGGAAUAAUAUCACGAGUAUGAAUAUACAGGCGCUUCCUAGACAAAUUAUCGAAUUGGAUCUAUCUUUUAAUCGUAUCAAAGGUUUGAAUGAUAGUACGGUGAUAAAAUUAGAAACAUUAAAAUACGUUAAUUUCACAGGUAAUCCUUGGUCUUGUGAUUUGUGUCACAUAACCUCAAUAUUGUUCCGUGUAAAUAGAACAAAUAUGUUUAGAAAUUCAAUAUGUGCCUCGCCACCUAAACUAGUUGGUAAAAAACUUGUAAAUUUGCGUUUCGAAGACGUGACCACUUGCGAACCUGAUAACGGUUCUAGUGAUAAAAUGCCGGCGCACAAAUUGAGCCUUCUCAUCGGUCUGAUUUGUAUCAUUGUGUUCGCUAUUUUCUCGAUAAUAUUCGUUGUGUGUUCGUGCGUUAGAAGACACUCUCAAAAUUUGGCGAGGCAGCGCAAGCGCGCCGAAAGACCAGAAAAUAAUAUCGAAGACUCUACGGCGGCGGUUUUUUGUAAAGGCGAAAUUAGUUUCAAAUUCCCGUUGGAUUUGACGGAAAGGAAAAUGUCAGUGUCAACUAUCGACGAGAUCAAGAGGGAUUCUCAACAGAGUUUACCGAAUGGUACAGCUACCGGAAUCUGAUAGAAAGAUAGAUUUUUCAUGCUUGGUCGAGUUUAAUGGAUGGGUUAAUAUCGUAUCAAAUUGUAUAUUUUAUUUGGUUUUAUCGAGAAAUUGCUUGUUAAGGAACUUCAGUUACACACAAGCUUCAAACUUUUCGUUUAUAUCUCGUUUUCCGACAUGUUCUGUAAGAAUUAUCGUUGCAACUUUUAUAGGUAUUAAAUUUUAUUUCAUUACUUACACAUUUUACAAAAUAUGAAUUGUGGUAAUCAUCUUUGGUACAUUUUAUACUUCUAUCCAUUCAUAAUAUUUCAAGGCGCGAAGAAAAUGGAAUUGCAAUAAAAAAUAUAUAAAUUGUGAUAAAACUUGAUACAUAUUUUGAUAAUUUUUCUCAUUAUCGAAGCUCUUUUCGAAGCAAUACAAGCAUGCCAACGCUUAAUCCAAUUUUACACUCAAAUAUCGUAAGCUUUGGCCGAAAAAGCCUUUAGCACCUCAAUUUAUAUGGCUUCAAUGGACUAGAAGCCAAUUUUUGAUUUCAAGAAGAGGAAAAAGUGACAUAUAUCUGAUACAGUAAACAGUUGAUAACCUUGUUAAACCUUUCUGUGGUAUCAGCUACAGAGCAAUGGAAAAAGCACUGGAAAAGAAGGUAGAUAGAAGCAAAACCAAUUAUUGAAAUAACCUACAAGAGCUGAGACAGGCGGAGACUAUUCUGGGAAACUAUAACCAGAGUAGAUCUGCUGAAUGUAUCAGACUAAGUAAUAACAAUCUACGAAUACUAACAGGAGUUUUAUGGGGUCACUGUCGCCUCAACAAACAACUGAAGACGCUAACAUAUAGGACGAAACCUCUACCUCGACGUAUGUGAAGCAAUGCACCUGGGUGCGCAUGAACUAGAAGACGAAGAUCUCUAGUAAUGGAAGCCAUUCCGCAUUCUAGAUUAAAAGGAGUGGAAUUAAUGGAUCAGCUGUAAAUAUUGGGUAAUAUCGCAUAAACAGAGGGGGACCAAAUAGAUCCUUUGGGUCGCAGUGUAUACUAUACAAAUAUGGCUAAUACGGUGGCUAGGUGAUGACUCUCAUUUCGUGUUUGAUCAUUACUUCACGUAGCUGUCUUAAAUCAUCUUCGUUGUAAUCCUUAUUGACCAUUUAUUAAUCUGAAACGAAUUCAUGGUGAACCAUAUGAUGGUAAUCGAAAUAAAAAAGAUUUUCGACUGAUUUUGACGUGGUUGUUUCAGUUCAGUUCAGUUGUUACAAAAAUAUCAACCAAAAUAUGAUGAGUCGAUUGAUAAGAGAUUUUGUAUACUUUGCGAUCAAAUCAUUUCCAACGAUAUCUUAGCGGUAAUUCCAUUAGGAAAAGAAAAUUUCGAACAAAAAGGAUGCUCUCAAAAAAAUGGAACACAUUAUUUAAACAAUUACUACACCAACUUUAACAAUGAACUGCCUGACGCGCGUUUCGAUAACAACAAAUUAUCAUCUUCAGGGACUAAAGAUAAAGAAUGGACGCAAAUUGAAUGAGAAAUAAAACGCGAAAUCUAAUAGAGACUAGAAUGAGGUUUUUUUCAGUUUACUUAAACCAAGAAGGAUUCAACAGUCUAUUUACUACCAAUGCUCUUUUCCAUGAGCCUCACCACUCUUACUGUAUAGUACAAUAAAAUGAUUUAGUAUUUUCUCUUGCAAUAAUACCUUCUUUAGACCAACUUUCCUUAUCAGCAAACUGUCUCAAUCGAAUAACGUUGAUGAAACGUCUUCUGCAGUAAAAAAUUCGUUUUGAACUAACUGCUUCUUUUUUUACUACAAAUAACUGCAUAGUCCAUACAGCAACAUUCAUAUUCGGAAUUUCAGUAACUGCGGAUAGUUCAAUUCGUGAAGUGUUUUAAUCAGAUUGAACAGAAUCCGAAAUAUUUUAUGCAAAUAGUCAUUAGGCUUUGUACUUCGUAUUUGUUUAUCAUUAAAUUUACACUGAAUCAAGUUUUUGGCUUCUUUGAAUGCAUUUGGGUUUGGAUUUUUCUCAAUCACUUUUUGACAACUUUUUUGAACGAAGUUUACUUUGUAUAGAAUUUAUUUUAAUAUAAAAACUCGACAAAUAGUUAAAAACCUUUAGACUAUCAUCAUUUCAAUCAUUAAAUCAAUAAAGUUUGGCAAAAUGAAUGGUAGAACUAAUAGUUUAUUGAUUUUUCCCGUUUAUUUAAUUCUGUUUAAUACAAUUUUCUAAGGAAUUCAAUAUAAAAGUACGAUAUCGAUAGGGGUGGAUUUUACGGUUGAACUGCUUUUCUAAUAUCGCUUUCACUGUUUUCGUCUUUUACAAAAGCCUUUUUAUUGAAAAAUUCAUCAGUGUCUUCAAUAAAAAAAUCAAAUCAAUUAGACUAAGGACUCCUUUGUAUGAGUUUAUAAUCAAAUUUGUGAACAAAAAUUGUUUCUGAAUCGUGAAAAUCCAGGGACCAGUUUCAAUGAACGGUUCGGGCAGAUUAUUCAUUACAACCCUAGUAAUUUUUCGGUAUAGUCGACUGUAGCCUUUGCUUCAAACAUUUUCCUGCAGUUACUUUGUUUUAUGCAGCCAGAAUACAAACUAAAAUAUAAAACAAAUUUCUAAAUAUCAUCCUGCACCACCCGCAUCAUUCAUCGUCUAACCCAAAUAAAAUAGGAUGAAGAUCCAUGAGGGAGUGAUGGUGUAAACUUUUCUUUACUCAUUUCUACUCUUUUUUGUGAUUUAGAGCAGAAUGUGUACAAUUUACAAGCACAAAAAGAGCUCAACUAGAUGUCCAAAUCAUCAACUAAACUGCACUUCAACGUUCAAGGACUACAGUCAAGAAUAUCUACAGACUGUUAUUAAGAAACUAAUGGAGUCAACUUCUGUAUGAACUGAAGAACAUGACAUGAUAUUAUUGUAUCUAUUCUGUCAUAAAAUUAUCGUUAUCUAAACGAGAGAAAGAGCUUUUUCAAAUCACUGAAGAGCUUUUAUUCAUUUGAAAAACUAUUAUGUGAAUCCUGGCUAAUAUCCACCACAACAAAUGAUGCAGCAUAUCAGUGUAUUAAAAUUGGGAUGACUCCAUUUCAUACUAGUGAUAUUCCAUAAUCCAGUUGCUUUAAAAAUAAGCGUAAUCAAAUUCAAUCAGCAGCUUCUGCAGGUUUGGGAAGAGAUUUGCUGGAAGACACUCUUUUCAUUAAUAAAUCGUCGCCAUUUAUCUCGUUAGAAUCAAGAAUUAACUUCUUUGUCCUUGAGAAAUAAGUGGAAAAUAUUCUCAUGAUUUAGAUGACAUAUAAAAUUUUGAGGCAAAUAUUGAGCAAAUAAAAACACUGAGGAAACAACAAUAAUGAUAAUAAAUAAAAACCAAACAAAAAAAAGAACGUAAAGAAAUACUCAGAAUAACACAGACAGUAUUUUAAGAAGCUAACUAAAUAUUUCCUCUGGAGGGAUGAAAAUAUAGUUCUUAGAAGGGCUAUUUUUUCGUAAAAGAUGCCUCGACGAAUCAAACAACUGUCGGAUGGUAAUGGUUGUCGUAGAAUGGGUACAGUUGCGAUUAUAUUAAUUUUUAUUGUACUGCCAAUUGGUUGGAUGACAGAUUUCACUUGGUUGAAGGAAAACUGCCGAAAACCUGCAACAGCGACGAUUUAGAUGUGCCGAAGCGCGACAUCUGCAGCUGGAGCAGGUGGAGAGGGUGAAUAUUCCUAAAAAUAUGAGUAUCUCAUCCGGAGUUACCUUUAUCUAUGACAGGAUCAAGUAGAAGUUCUAUCUUGUCAUUUACAGAUUUGUGCACUCUUAUUAACAGUUUUAAAACAGUAAUUUCUGUAUAACAGUCACCAUAUUUUCCGAAAUAAGAAAAUUUACAAUCGGAUUAUAUCCA